AUGCGCUGCGCCCGGAGCCGGGGCCGAGUCGGCACCGCAGCUGUUGGCGCUCCCGGAAGGGUGACGCCGCCUGCGUCCCCCGCCGCGCCCGCCGGCCAAAUGGAGCCUCCAGAGGGCCCGGGAGGGAUCGUUAAGGAGGUGGAGGUGCAGCAGGCUGCCCUGGGUGUCCCAGCCCAUGGGACAGGGGACAGUGGCCACACACCUGUGGCUGAGGAGGCGGCAGGCAUCCCAAUCCCAGCACCAGGUCUCCUGCAGGUCACAGAGAGGAGGCAGCCCCUGAGCAGUGUCUCCUCUCUGGAGGUCCACUUUGACCUCCUGGACCUCACUGAGCUCACCGACAUGUCAGACCAGGAGCUGGCUGAGGUCUUUGCUGACUCCGAUGAUGAAAACCUGACCAGUGAAUCCCCGGCAGGUCUGCACCCACUGCCCCGAGCAGGCUGCCUACGCUCCCCCUCCUGGACGAGGACGAGGGCCGAGCAGAACCGAGAGAAGCAGCCGCUUGGAGACCCGGAGCGGCAAGCUGCGAUCGUGGACACAUUUCUCACCGUGGAGGGGCCCAAGGAAGACUAGGCUGUCUCCACUGCUGGGCCACCUACCCUCACGAUGGCAAACGCAGACAGUCCUGGCCUGGCAACACACUGCACCCUCCCCACAAGGGUCCAGCUGUCACCUGGCAGCCAGCUUCCUGGUAGCCAGGGAAGUGCUGCCAGCCACAGGCCUCUGGGCACCCAGCACAAGCACAGCCCAGUAGCCUUACCUCCAGCUGCUGCCUAGGCCUGGCCUGGACAGGGACGACAGGGCCAUGAUAUUACGGCUCAGGAUGAAGCAAGCACAGCCUGGGCCUUCUGCAACCUCCCGUCCGUAGGACCAGUCCUCACAUCAGCCCCAAUCUCCACAGGUCCUGUGCCACGAGGCUUGGAAGCCAGAGUGGGCCCGGUGUGGCCCACGAGGUGCUCUGCCAUCCAGCCAUGUGUGGGCCCGAGGCAAACAUCUCCACCACACUCUCCGUCUUGCCCACCCCUCUGGCCCAGGGAGGCACUGCUGGUACCAGGGCCCCUUCCCAGCCCACUUCAAGACCGUGUCUCCUCUCAGUCCCAUGUGACAGCCGCAGGGUGAGGGCCCGGUGCACCUCCCCAGCUUGGAACACCACACACGGCCAACUGCCUGACAGCCUAGACUGCUGGGGCAGGCCUCCCUCCCGCCACACCCUUAUGCCCAUCCCCAGGUCCCAAGGCAGGCAGUUACAUAGGGAGGUGGCCUGGCUCUGGUGGGUCUGGAAGGGCCAGCCCACUGCUCUCUGGUAGGAUGGAUGUUCAUUGCAAAUGGACAAACAGGCGUCUGGACUGACCACAAACCAAGACUGGUUUCGAAGCGCAAGUUCAAGCUUGCUUCCCCCCAAAGUGACCUGCCCUCCUGUCCCUGCUGACGCUUCUGGGGAAGGCAGCAGGACCUUAGCUUCACUCCCACCACAUGCUCCUGGAGACCCAGGCGGCAGGGCUCCUGCCAGGACCCAGAAGCUUCCCUCUGCCCUGGUGCCACUUCCCGCACACCAGGCCUCCCAGUAAACACCAUCCCUGGUUCCCAAAGGACAUAAAACCACACAACCUCUGCAGUGUGUGUCCCACGCCUCCCGACCUUCCUGCUGUAGCUUCCAUAGCGCACGUUCAGAGUGGGAUUAAAGCUUCACCACCGUC